GAUAAGGCCAGAAGGGUACAGGGUUGUGGCCUGGAGUGGCCUGGAGCCAUGUCCCUCAUCCCGUGGCUGCGCUGGUCUGAGGCCCCUGCCCGGUUGAUGGCCCGGAGUCCAGCCGAGAUGGUGCUGGACACGCUGAUGACGGAGCUACUGGGACAGAUGCGUGAGGCUGAGCGGCAGCAACGUGGGCGCAAUCAGGCAGGCCGGACAGUGCGCACAGGGGCCGACUACAGCUGGCUGGCCAGUGCGCCCCGCAGUUCCUGCGACCUGAGUCCCGGGGAGCGGCUGCAGCUGGAGGACGUGUGCGCUAGGGUCCCACCCUGCUAUUGUGGCCCCGCCAUCCUCAGGUUCCGGCAGCUGUUGGCCGAGCAGGAGCCCGACGUGCCCGAGGUGGCCCGGCUCUUCCGCACGGUGUUGCACGAGGUGCUGGAGCGGGCCCGGCGCGAGGAGGAAGCGCAGAAGCUGACCCGCCAGUGGCCUCGCGGAGGCCCCGCGCUCGCCGUCUACCGACCCCGCGCGCGCAUCGAGCCCUUCGCCAGCGACAUCCGCACCAUCUCCGAGGACGUGGAGCGGGUGGCGCCGCCGCCGCCCCGCACCUGGAGCAUGCCCGAGUUCCGUGCGCCCCACGACGACUGA